AUGGCUACCAUCAACACCCCCGUGAGCCUUCCUGAGGUGACGGAACAAGCCGGGAACUACACAUACAAUGCGCACAUUCCGUUGGCGAAUUGGCUGCGCACAGCCAGUACUAUGCAAAAAGAGGCCCAAGUCUAUGAAGCAGAGGGCAACGACGCGCAGACCUAUCUCCUCCUGUACCGACACGCCGAUCUCGUCCUUCAAAAGCUACAGGGUCAUCCGGAUAGAAACAAACCGGAGAACCGGAAAGCGCUGAAUGCUGCAACGGCAGCCGUCAGUCGAGAUCUGAAGAAGCUCGAGGAGAUCGCGCCGCGCAUCAAGAAGAGACAUGAGGAACAUGAAGAAAGGAGACGGAGACAGAAGGAGGCUCUAAGGUCGUUGGAAGGAAAUGGCGUCGGAGCGCUUCCCCAGGAGCUGGACGGGCUGGCCAUUCAAGACCGAGGGUCCAAGAGAAGGUCAUUCGAUUCCAGACCCACAAUCGAUGCACGCUCUUUGGAAAACCAAUCACUGGCCGCAAGACUGGCGCAGAGGGAAGUUCGGAGGAGAGACACCAUUAGAAGAGGUGUGCGACAGUAUGGUGUGUCGGAAGAAGAGGAGCAGGCACGUCGAAGUGGAGGCACAUGGGACAGCUGGCAGAACCAGCUCAGCCAGCCAGUGGGCGACGGAGAUGAUAUCUCGAACCAACUGCAAGAAGUUGCAAGGCUCCAGCAGAACGGCCAUAGAACAUCAUACUCCUCGCGUCCUACGUCUCAGACCGCGUCUCCAUAUCACUACCCUACCGUUCCAUACAAGACCGCUCAAGACAGAUGGUCAGACUCACAGUCGCGCGACGCAGCACCUGCGCGACCUCCGAAAGAGCAGAUAUACAGACAAUCCGGAACACCGUCAGCGCCACCACCCUUGCCGCCCAAGUCGCCAGCUUCUACGUACGAUGCGCGAUUUGGCCACUCGCGGCCUCCGCCUGUCCCAGGCAAGAUCUCGGAAGGCGCGCCACCUCUACCAAGCAAGAUACCCGACCAAAGACCGUUGACUCCUUCAGCCGAACUCGACGAGUUUACAUUCAAGCCUUCUGCAUUCCUCGAGAAUGGCGACCCCCUUCGUCCUGUCUUCCUCCCGUCCCAAUUGCGCAAUCAGUUCCUGGCUGUUGCUUCGUCCAACACACGUCUCAACUUGGAAACAUGCGGUAUGUUGGGUGGAAUAUUGAAGUCUAACGCCCUCUUCAUUACACGGCUUAUCAUUCCCGAGCAAACAAGUACAAGCGAUACAUGCGAGACGUUGAAUGAAGAGGAGCUAUUCGACUACUGCGACAAAGAGGAGCUCAUGGUUCUUGGCUGGAUCCAUACACACCCAACGCAAACCUGCUUUAUGAGCAGCAGAGACUUACAUACGCACGUCGGAUACCAGGUCAUGAUGCCAGAAAGCAUCGCAAUUGUUUGCGCACCGACAAAACAGCCUAGUUGGGGAUGCUUCCGCCUGACUGACCCCCCAGGCAAACAAGCCAUUCUCAAUUGCAGCCGACCUGGUAUCUUCCAUCCUCAUGAUGUCGAUAACAUCUACACGGAAGCCUUGAAACCAGGCCACGUAGUUGAGCUGACCGAUGCACCGUUGGAGAUUGUUGAUAUGAGGCCUAAGAAGAACUUUUAA